CGAGGUCUCGAUCAACUGCCUGCGGGGGAAUCUGCAGUUGCUCCUCGUGGGCGGGCAGGGGAGCAGGUUUCUCUUUAAUUCUCCGAAAACAACGGGCGAUAGCUUGUGGGCGGGGAGAGGGUGGUGGGUGGCCAAUUCUUCCUCAUUUUCUUCCCUCCAGCCAGUAUCUUGAGCGAACCUUCCACAUGUCUCAAAUGCCACGAUUGCUCUUUCUUUCUUUGCCAACCCGGGCGGGGCGGGGCGGUCAGUUAUCAUUCCGCCACUGCCUGAAACCGUAUGGAUCGUGGUUUCCUCCGCUGGCGGGGGGGGGGGGAGUCAGCCACAAACUCCCAAAGGAAGCUCCCCCGCAAUCUCGCUCCCCCUUGCACAACCAAAAUCUGGUGUCGUUUCAGGACUCUGCACCGCACCCACAAGGCCCAACAAAUCUUCGAUCGAGUCACCUGAGCGCGCCGACUCCUCUGUCGAUGCAACGAGAGAGCACGAAACCCCCAUGCCGCCAAGCACCAAGCCACAGUACCUCGGCCCACCCUCUGGUCCUUGUUUGCGCCCUCUUGCACCGCACCCUCGACCAGCAGCUUGUCACAUCCGCGACCUCUGGGAUUGCUAGAUCGUGAUAGAUGGGGACCGGGCAGCCAGCAGAAGCAGCGGCAGUUCACUUGCCCGCGCCCAAUAUGCGUGCUUUCGGUCGUCUCGUGCAGCUGGCCUGCAUGAUCGU